UAGAGUCCUUCUUUUCCCCCGAAGGAAAAGGUCAGCGUGAUGCUCCGCGCCGGGUGGAAGGUGCUGAGGCUGGAGUCGCCGCCAUUUUGAAGUGACCAGGUUCUCCCCUCCCCACCCCCUAACCCUUCCCUCCCCUCUCCUCCCUGUCUGUGUGCGGAGAGCUCCGAUCGGCUGUCAGUUUCAGCCUGUUUUUGGAGUGGACUGGAUUCACUGCCCUCUUCAGCACCCAACUCUUUGCCGGCUCUGAGCACCACACUCUGGCUCACCAGUUGCCAGACAAAUCAUAAUGAGGUGAGAAAAGAUGAAAAUGAUAGCACUUGUGGAUGUCUUCCUUGAUCAGGAUAAUCAAGACCAGGAUGAAAAGAUUCCAAAUGUCUCAAAUUGCCAAAACAGCAAUUAUGUUCUGGACCAAAGGUUCCAUUCCCUGGCACGAAGGUACUGAGAUUGUGAGAGGAAUAUUCGUGAUCAAGGAUGCCAGCCCCUAUCAGACUGCGGGAGCUAAUCCGGACUAUCCGGACAGCCAGGACCCAAGCUGAGGAGCGUGAGAUGAUACAGAAGGAAUGUGCUUCAAUUCGAUCUUCAUUCAGGGAAGAAGAUAAUACUUACCGCUGUCGAAAUGUGGCAAAACUACUGUACAUGCACAUGUUAGGUUAUCCUGCACACUUUGGUCAGUUGGAGUGCCUGAAGCUGAUUGCCUCUCAGAAAUUUACAGACAAACGGAUUGGUUACCUUGGUGCUAUGUUGUUGCUUGAUGAAAGGCAAGAUGUACACUUGCUCAUGACAAACUGUAUUAAAAAUGACCUGAACCACAAUACACAGUAUGUACAGGGCUUGGCGCUCUGCACUCUUGGCUGUAUGGGAUCAUCAGAAAUGUGUAGAGAUCUUGCAGGUGAAGUGGAAAAGCUACUGAAGACAUCAAACUCUUAUCUGAGGAAGAAGGCAGCACUGUGUGCAGUUCAUGUAAUCAGAAAAGUGCCUGAGCUGAUGGAAAUGUUCCUACCAGCGACUAAAAACCUGCUGAAUGAAAAAAAUCACGGUGUUCUUCACACGUCCGUUGUUCUACUCACAGAAAUGUGUGAACGAAGUCCUGACAUGUUAGCACACUUCAGGAAACUUGUCCCUCAGCUUGUUCGAAUCCUGAAAAACCUUAUUAUGUCUGGUUACUCACCAGAACAUGAUGUUUCUGGCAUUAGUGAUCCCUUCCUUCAGGUUCGAAUACUGCGUUUACUACGAAUGUUGGGUAGAAAUGAUGAUGACUCGAGUGAAGCCAUGAAUGACAUUCUCGCACAGGUUGCCACAAACACAGAAACUAGCAAAAAUGUGGGUAAUGCAAUUUUAUAUGAAACAGUUUUGACGAUUAUGGACAUCAAAUCAGAGAGUGGACUGAGGGUUUUAGCCAUUAAUAUCUUGGGACGGUUCUUGCUUAAUAAUGACAAAAAUAUUAGGUAUGUAGCACUGACAUCGCUGCUUAAAACAGUCCAAACAGAUCAUAAUGCAGUCCAAAGACACAGAAGUACAAUCGUGGAUUGUUUGAAGGACUUGGAUGUAUCUAUCAAAAGGCGUGCAAUGGAACUGAGCUUUGCUCUCGUAAAUGGAAAUAACGUUAGAGGAAUGACGAAGGAAUUGCUGUAUUUUCUGGAUUUGUGUGAUCCUGAAUUCAAAGCUGAUUGUGCCUCUGGCAUCUUUCUUGCAGCAGAGAAGUAUGCACCAUCCAAGAGAUGGCACAUAGACACAAUAAUGAAAGUGUUAACAACGGCUGGCAGUUAUGUAAGAGAUGAUGCCGUGCCCAAUUUGAUCCAGUUGAUCACAAAUAGUGUUGAAAUGCAUGCCUACACAGUACAGAAACUUUACAAAGCCGUCCUGGAAGAUAUCUCUCAGGUACGACCUUUAAAUAACACAAGGUAG